AUGAUAUACCUACACAGGGACUGGCCACAACACCAGGUCGACCUCCAACAGUGGUGCACGAAACACCAGGAAGUAGUGGCUGUCCGAACAGCCCAACAAAACACUCCAGUCAUCCUGGUGUCUGUAUACUACCGGCCUGGGGCUUCCCUCAAGGAACCCAGAGACCAUGGAUGGAUUACUCAUCUCGACGUUCUUUACCCGGGAGAGCAGAAGAUCGUCGGAGGCGACUUCAACCUUCAACACACAGCGUGGGGCUACGCCCGAGACACCUCUGCUGGUCGAGAUCUGAUGGAUGAAAUGGUCCACCACCGAUACACCCUCAUGAAUACCCCAGGAGAGAAGACACGCCUAAGCUGGAGCAUUAGGCAGAAUCAUACCACGUCUGACCUCACCUGGACUAACAACCCGCACACGACGAGCCACACCUGGAAGCCGGAGGCAGACGCUCGUGGGAGUGAUCACCUACCCAUCAGGAUAGGCCUGGCACUCACCGGUCCGGCGGCUCUGGAACCUGGGAAGCGGCUCGUAAGAGUGGUAAACUGGGACAUCUACCGGAACCAGCUGGAAAACAGCAAGGCACCCACUCUCUGCGACGCCAUCAAGGAAGCCAUCGAGGCUCCGACUACCAAAAAACAAGUAAAGCUCCAAUACCCCACCCCAGAUCUUCGUUUGUUGAACCUCUGGGCCCGACGGCUGAGAGCGCUACAACGCUACAGGAGAGGCCCGAAAAAUGCGAGAGCUCUGAGGGAGGUCACCCGAGCCACUAUAGCAGCUCGCAAGUAUGCGGAGCAGCUAAACCGGCAAAGGUGGCUGAACUUUAGUGCCUCGCUCUCCGAAAAGACAUCAAUUCGCAAGCUAUGGGCAGUCAGUAGAGCUAUGCUGGGCCGGAAGAGAGAUCGCGCGGCGACACUCACGCUCGCACUCACAACAAACAAGGCUGUGGAAACAUUGGCCCAAGAGGCUGGAGACACGCUCUUCCCACAACCAACAGCGACCAACGUCAUACCGACGGCGGAAAACCUAUAUGAACGGACGACAUCUCACUCUGGACAGUACGCGGUGACAUUCAACAACAACAACGGACCCUUCAGCGUGGUCUCGACGUCGUGGCAAGUCACCUUCAAAGCGUGGGUUUAA